AUGGACACUUAUGGGCCUCUCAAUGACCGCCUAAACUGCCUUCUAUGCGGGAUGGAGAUGUUCGGGAUGAUUUACUCACAAGUCGCGAAUCCAACCCGUUCCGAUGUCUUGUUCAGGGAAAAUAAAUGGAAACAUCACCGAAAAGCCAAACUAGAACAUGUGAUGGUCCCAUCAAGGGAGGUAGAAGAGGCAGAUUUCGCGAAGUUCCCCAGCAUGUGGUCUUGCAUGUGUCGAGCCAUAACCAAAGGACCUACUGCUAAGUACUCCCUAAGUGGUAUCACUGCAAUUGAACAAAAAUACAAUCAUCCUUACAUGAUUCCCAAAGACCCCAACAUGGCCCGAAUCGGUGGGAGAACAUGUAAGCUCCAAUAUGAUGACAGGUUCAUUCAUUUCUAUGCAGCAGCUAUCACAAAACAACCGAGUCAUCUCAGAGGCGAAAAUAUCGGAUACGCUGUCCAUGCCCACUGUUGGGCUCUUCUCAACCAUAUUAUAUCAACGGCAUUGGUUGAAAAAAACAUGGAAAAGUUCGUUCGUGCUGCGCGAAAAUACUGGCGUAACCAUGAAUCAUGGGGAAGGGACAAGGACGAUGAGUUGUCGGAAAUUGAGGAUGACGACAGUGAAUCGUGGGGAAGUGACGAUUGGAGCCUCAGAUCCUGGAAGCUUCGAUUCGGAAAAUAUCAUCCAGGGUUCAGAUACGGCUGCGAUAUCUACAAGAAUCCUCUCAUAGUGCCUAAGGUCCAAGAAGCAAUUGAAAAAGCAAUUGACCGCGCAAGCAAGACUGAGGCUAAAAGUACCCAACUUCGCUGCAGUCCAGUACCAUUGGAAGUCGCGAUUAUGAUCGCAGAGCGGACUUGCCCCAUCGACUAUACACCGGCUGAUGUCAUGGACACACGAAAUAUGCUUGCUGUAUGGCAGUGGAAAUUGCCUGAUGGGUUUUGGAAGAGGCGACUAAAAGAGGAGAUAUUCAUUGAAUUGAACUCACUCAGGGAGGCCAACCAUCCAAUCGAUUGGCAAACCCUAUGGCUUGAUUUGAUGGGUCUCGUUUCUGAUCGGGAAUGGUAUGUUCCCAGUGGCUUGCCGAAUCGUGAGCGAGUGCUUGGAUUUAUGACUGGUAUCAAGUCGAAUUUUUUCGAAAUGAAAUGA